AUGGCACGAGUGACAUUCUCUGUUCUUCAAUCUUGUCUCUCCUUUCUCUUAUUCUCUUCCUUUCUCCAACUCCUCCUGACAUGCCACGUGGCAACCGCAGCCGGCGGAGGACGGUGGCAGCUCCUCCUACGAAGUGUCGGGAUCUCGGCCAUGCACAUGCAGCUCCUCCGCAACGACCGUGUCAUCAUGUUCGACCGUACGGACUUCGGUCCCUCCAACAUCUCCUUGCCUGGCGGUAACUGCCGGAGUAAUCCAAACGACCGCGUUUCGAAGGUCGAUUGUACGGCUCACUCCGUCGAGUUUGACGUCAUCUCCAACGGGAUCCGUCCACUCACCGUUCAGUCCAACACCUGGUGUUCUUCCGGGUCCGUCAUGCCAGACGGGACGUUGGUUCAAACCGGAGGUGACUUGGACGGAGAGAGACGAGCCAGGCUGUUCUCCCCUUGCUUUUCCAACGACUGUGACUGGAAGGAGCUCGAGAACGGCUUGGCCCUUCGGCGAUGGUAUGCGUCCAAUCAUAUUCUGCCAGAUGGCUCACAGAUCAUCGUUGGUGGUCGUGGCCAGUUCAACUUCGAGUUUUACCCUAAAACCAAAGAUCCGAAUGUGUACAAUUUACCCUUCUUGGCCCAGACCAAUGAUCGAGGAAGCGAGAAUAAUCUAUACCCUUUUGUGUUUCUCAACGUUGAUGGAAACCUAUUCGUCUUCGCCAACAAUCGAGCUAUUCUUCUUGAUUAUAAUAAGAACACGGUGGUCAAGACUUACCCGGCAAUCCCAGGAGGCGACCCAAGAUCGUACCCGAGCACUGGCUCUGCCGUUCUCCUGCCAUUGAAGAACCUAGAAGCCAUUGACGUUGAGGCCGAGGUUCUGGUGUGUGGCGGUGCACCGAGAGGAGCGUACGAACAAGCAUGGAGGAGGAACAACUUUAUAAAAGCACUCAACACAUGUGCAAGAAUCAGGAUUACGGAUCCGAACCCGCAAUGGGUGGUGGAGUCGAUGCCUCAAGCGAGAGUCAUGGGGGAUAUGACACUUCUUCCGAACGGAGAUGUUCUGAUCAUCAAUGGCGGCGCGUCCGGAACUGCUGCGUGGGAGCUUGGUCGUGAUCCAAUCUUUGCUCCGGAUCUUUACCGUCCUGAUAACCCGGUCGGAUCAAGAUUCGAGACGCAAAACCCUAACACCAUCCCGAGAAUGUAUCACUCCACUGCCGUUCUACUCCGAGAUGGGAGAGUUCUUGUCGGAGGCAGUAACCCACAUGCCUUCUAUAACUUCACCGGCGUUCUAUUUCCGACAGAGCUAAGCUUAGAAGCUUUCUUGCCAUCGUAUUUGGACCAACAGUUCUCGAAUCUUCGUCCAAUGAUAACAUCGCCCAAAUCUCAAGUCAAGAUCAAGUACAACAUGAAACUGAAGCUGAAAUUCACCGUGUCGGGAGAGGUCAAGAGCCCGGUGAAGGUGACAAUGGUGUUCCCGUCUUUCACGACUCAUUCCUUCUCGAUGAACCAGAGGGUUCUGGUCUUGGAUAACAUCAAAACACCUAAGAUAUGGGAUUUCUUCAACUUUUUGAGAAAAGGGAAAUCAACAUCGACAUACGAAGUGGAGGUGAAAACGCCGAGAUCGGCGAAUAUAGCACCGCCUGGUUAUUACAUGAUGUUCGUCGUGAAUCAAGACAUUCCAAGCGAGGGCAUUUGGGUGCAGCUUCAAUGAUCUUCAUUCAUUCCGUGUACGCUCUUUUAUGGAAUGUGAUUUUCGUUGUUUUGAGUUUGCUUCUUCUAAUGAUUUGAAAGAAUUGUAUUUAAUUUGUAAGAAAAAAGGGUGAAAGA